CUUCAGACUUGUACGAUGAAGGCCCUUCUCCCUCUUGUGGCAGUAUUUGCUGCGGUACUCACGGAAGUGACGUCACAGAGCUGUGCUUCUCAUUCAAACGGAUGCAGCAUUCCAUUUAACUUGCCAUAUUUCUUCAAGAACCGCUUCACGCCCAGCUGUGACAAGCACGAUGUUUGUUAUGCGUGUGCUGGCCAUUACGGAAGAACCCAGAACGACUGUGACAGGAUGCUGUACAACGAGGCAAACAGGGUGUGCUCAUCAAUGAGGAAACGUUUCAUCCUCAGCACUCUGACUGCAGCAGAGAAGGAAUUCUGUAAGGCCAUAUCACUGAGCUACUACGCGGCUGUUCAUCAGUUUGGUUCCUCCCACUUUUCAGCAAGCUCGGCCAGUUGGUGUUCCCAGUCCUGGGUUAGGAGUUGCAUGCCCUAACGUUAAUGUGUUUUUUUCAAUACAUCUUCUGGUUGUGUACUCAAAUGCGAAUACUAUGAUGAUUUGGUGUUGUCA